AUGUUGGCGCAAACAACAAGGCGUGGUAUGGCACGUACUGUGGCCCCGGUGCCUUUCACUCACGUGGGUCUAUCGCGCACCGCCAUCCCGCUCGCCGGCCCAUUGCGUCGGACACUGGCAAGUACAAGCACCUCGCGCUCGCACGAGAACCCGCUCGGGCUGCCGCGCAACAACCAGCGCAUUCCACCGACCAUGCCACGCCGCGGUGGACCGCCGCAACCACGCCGCAUCCCACACGUCAAGCACGUCGUGUGCGUCUCGUCCGGCAAGGGUGGGGUGGGCAAAUCCACAAUUUCGUCGAACCUCGCGGUGGCACUCGCGCUGACGCAACUACCUGGCACGCGUCGGCUGAGGGUGGGACUGCUGGACCUGGACAUCUUUGGGCCGAGCGUGCCCAAGCUCAUGGGGCUCGAGGGGAUGGGCGAGGCGGAGCUCACGCGCGACGGUGCGCUGAUCCCACUCACCAGCCACGGUGUGAGGUGCAUGUCGAUGGGGUUCCUCCUAGGCAAUACACGAGCCGACGCGGAUGGGGAGGAGGAGCGGGUGGUGGCAUGGAGGGGGAUGAUGGUGAUGAAGGCGACGCAGCAGUUGUUGUUCGAUGUGGAUUGGCGACAGGAUCCUCACGCGGCGCGGACCGGUGGGGAGGAGGGUGGGUUGGAUGUGUUGGUGAUCGACAUGCCGCCGGGGACGGGCGAUGUGGCUCUGUCGCUCGCGCAGCUGGUAGAGGUGGAUGCGGCGCUGGUGGUGACGACGCCGCAGGAAGUGGCGCUGCUCGACGCGCGCAAGGGCGUGGCCAUGUUUCGCAAGACCAACGUGCCCGUCGCCGGGCUCGUGCUCAACAUGAGCCACUUUAUCAGCCCCGACACCGGUCGCGCGUUCGAGCUGUUUGGUGAUGCAGCGGCGGUGGAGCGGUAUGCGGAGAAGCAGAAGAUCGAGGUGCUCGCCAGGAUUCCGCUCCAGCCGCAUGUGAGUGCGGGAGGCGACAGGGGCACACCCGUGACGCUUCGGAAGACACUCGAAUCCGUGGAUGCGGACGGCAAGACUCAGGUACAGGACAAUCUCAUCCGAACGGCGUUCCUCGAUCUCGCCCAGCGCGUUUGGACACGUCUGCAAUCCUAG